UGUGUGAGCAUGACACAGGACACACAGGUGUGUGUGGAGGGAUGACUGAUGGACAUGCGGCAUGAAGACUAGAGGCACAGGUGUGUGAAAGAGGCAACAUAUCAAGAUGACCUCGAGUGUGUGACAGUCGCCAAGAGACUAAUGGCGGAUUUGACACACGAUCUCCGGACCAGCUCUAUCUCGGCAGAAGGCAAUGUAUUCUUGGAGUGAAUGACAGGCAAGGUGAGGCGAUGAGCUUCACAACAAGCCCGGCUCUGGUCCCACAUAGGGACAGCCUCCCGUUCAAGAAGAGAGACCAAAGAGUGAGCUCCCCUCAGCAGCAGCAGCUGCUGCAAUGCGACGCCACAAACUUCAAGGCGCCCUAUCCGUACAAGAGCCACGCUGACUUAAAGUCGAAGCACAUGGGUCUGUUUCGGCCUGUGCCGAGGCGGGUCACGGCCCUGUACCAACCCUGGAUGCAGAUUCAACCCUCUCCCAGGCCCAAACAGCACGUCCCGUCCGCCUUCAGAGAGCACCACGGCUGGGCAGAGUGGAGAGACUUCAGUCCUCUGCCUCCCGGAUGGGACUUUUCCCAUCAGUACCAGCUGCAGAACCAUUUAUCCGGAGCACGGGCUCUCCACUCUGGAUAUCCACAAUACGUCUCUAGAGUCAGCACGGGGUCUCUGGUGUCCGAGGGUGUCCAGAGGGGGAGCAGAGGCUGGGAGAGGCUCAAGGUGUUAAAAGACAAAACCUAUGGCCCUCACAGAGGUCCGUAUGCGAGGAGAGGGGAAAGAGGAGCUGAUGGUUUGCAAAGGGCUGAAAGAGGAGUCGCUUACCCACCUCACUCCACGCACGAGGACAACACUUUGAAGCACAGUUCAUUGUUCAACUCAACAAAAAUUACACCUGGACAAUCCCUCAUGAAAGUUUCCCCCGACAGCCUCCAUGGCGAAAGCUGCACUCCCAUGAAAGAAAACAAGCAGAGGCCUCCGGUGGUGGCCCCGUCCACCCCCACCGGCCCCAACCGCUUCCCCUGGCUGCUGCCCCACUUCGUCGCGGGAUCUCUGAUUGAACUCAGAGACGGCCGGCUGAGGAGGGUGGAGAACCUGCAAACCGAGGACUUCCUGCUGGGCUCUCUGGCCUGUCCGGACCUGCGCCUGAGCUGCUGCACGGUGCAAAGCAUCUCCCCUUCGGCCGCCUCCUCCUCCGUGUCCCGCCUCCUCAUCCUGCUCCAGGAGCAGCAGUCCCAGGAGCUGGUGGAUGUGUACGUGGAGUACCCUUUCUUUGUGCGCGGGCAGGGCUGGUCGUCCUGCAGCCCCCAGAAGACGGCCCGUCUUUGCGGCCUGCAGUGCCGCCAGCUCAGUGUGGGAGACGUCUGCUUGGCCCUCACGCCCGUCUCCGCUCCCGAGCCGCUGCCGUCAGACUCCCCACAGCCAAAAAUCGGCCCCAAGGAACCUGAGGACAGGCUGGAUUCCCCAGAGGCAAACACUGCGCUGUGCAGCCAGGUUCUACCUGAACUGAAGGAGCUCUCAGGGGAGCAGGGAACGGGGAUGAAGGCGUCCCGCAGGAGGCACUGUUCGGCCCCGUGAAACUCAACCUCUAUGGACAGUCAGCUAUCAUUGGCUGUCCAAUGAUAUAUGGUGCCUUGCAAAAGCAUUCACACCUUUUGAACUUUUUGACACUUUGGCACAUUAAAACCACAAACUUCAGAGUAAUUUCCUCGUGACUGACCUAUACAAAGUAGCACAAAACUGAAAAGUGAAAAGAAAAUUGUCAGAGGUGGUUAGUACUGGUUACGUUUACUUGAGUAACUUUUUUAAGGGAAAAAAAAUACGUAGGAGUAGUUUUAUAACUAUCGCUACUCUUUCUUGAUCAAAUUUAUUUUCCAUUUAAAGAAACUGACUUCAGAGAUAAAACAGUUUUAGAUUUCUGCUGUGUCUGAGCUAACGUUUAUGCUAAUCUGAGCAUAAUUACUCAGCACUGUCAUACUGCUUAAAUUAAAUCCUCGUUUUUACUGUGUCCCCCAGCAAAAUGCCUCUGGAGCCAGAUCUGGUGCACCAACACUGGUUCCAGUCCAGGGGCCCACGUCCUUGUAAAUCUGGCCCCGGUGGUAACACUUGGAAAUUGCUGAUCAUAGUCGGUCUGGCUGAGCUUUAAAGCUGUUCUCAUAAUAAUAAUUGUCCAGAAUUUGCGAAGAUGAAAGGGACAUGGCACCAAAAAAAACUCUCAGCUGUAAUUGUCGCAAAAACUACAACUGCAAUUUGUUUUAUUUCUAAAACAAAAACAAAACAUGGAAACCACAAACAUUUUCUUCUUGGUCCACCACACAAGCUCCUAAAAAAAGGCAUUUGUGGUUGUAGCGUGACAAAAAUCGGAAAAAUUUCAGGGGUGGGAACGGUCUUGUAAGGCACUGAGGAUCUGGGGUUUCUUUGGAUUUGUGCUGUGAUCAGCGUAUUGUCUUUCUACCUCUUGCUUCUGUGCUUGACUUGUCAUCUUUAUUGGCUUUUAAGUAGUCUCAGCUAAAGAGGACAGCUACACUGAGCUCACCUCUCAGGGUUAAAGGUUAAGUAAUAUGUCGCUAAGUGAUAACGGAGAACCAAAGCAUGAACUGAUGUUGCCUUGGUGAGUUGCACUGCUCAGAUUUAAACUCCUUUUCUUGCAAUUCUGACAAUAUCUGCUCCUUCGUGGGAUUUCCGCCUCUCAGGUCUUUCACUGGAUCUAAAGUUCAGCUCUCUACUGCCAAAUAACAUGUGAACCAACUGAAUCUGUACUGCAACACUUGUAAAGCUUCGUUCUACCUCUCUCUUCAAUGUAGGAUCUGUGUUUCUGACUUGCGUGGGCUGUGACACCAUGGAAGCACCAAGCAGAGAUACUUGAUUUAUUUUU